AGCCUCAGAACAGUGGCGUGUGGAAAAUGGUAGCUCGGAUAGGAUGGUGCUUCGUGGGUCUCGCAAUGCUCUGGUCAGUCGUUUGCGCUGAACCGGAAGCAGACGACCAAGAGCCCAUUAAGAUCCAGUUCGAUCCGUACAUGGAGUUGUGCCGUGGAACGUACGAGCGUUCACCCGCGCUAACGAGCGUGCUCUACUGUUGGUAUGACGUGCGAAAUGCGUACGGUACGAUCGCCCCGUCCAAGGUGGAAAUGAUCAACGUUAACCCGUUCGUGGCGCUGUUCCAUGGCAUCCUGUACGAGGGUGAAAUCAGUCAGCUGCAGGCGCUGGGUGAUUCGCACAUUAAACGCUCCGGUCUGACCAACGAUAGCUGGUUGCCGGUGUUCUACGAGGAUCAUCAGACGUACACGCUGCACGAUCGGGAUCACCCUGUGGUGCAACGGUUGACGCACCGUGUCGAACAGGUGACUGGGUUGAGCUGUGAGUCGGCGGAGGACCUGAAGGUGAUCUACAACGAGGCUGGCGCGUACAUAGCGUCCGACAUGGACGCGAUCCAGACUGAGGAUGAACUGCGACGGUUCGCGUACGCCGGUGACCGGCUCGCAUCGAUGCUGUUCUUUCUAAGCGAUGUGGAGGAGGGUGGUUUUACCAUUUUUCCCAAGCUACGGUUGACUAUUCGCCCGCGCAAGGGUUCGGCCGCGUUCUGGUACAACCUGCAAAAUACAGGCGAACCGAACGUGAAGAUGCGCUACAGCAACUGCCCGAUGCUGGAGGACUCGAAGUGGACGGCGAAGAAAAUCAUCCACACGCGGGGCAACGAGCUGCGUAACCCGUGCCGGCCCUAAUUAGCUCCAUCGACCGGUGGAUGGUUCUUUGAUCCAAAGCUCACGUGGGGAUGGGAGGAAUCCGGUCACCGCACGUGACGAUUGGCCACUCGGGAAGCUCGGAAACUCGACAAUAAACUCGACA